AUGCCCCAUCCACCCCCAGAUUUCACCAAUUCUCAUCACCGACCCAACCUACCCAAACAGGCAAGUGGCACCAAAGUGUUGAUCGCAGCGAUCGCGGUACGGUGUUGCAACGGUGCCAUCGCAUCGCGCUAUCUUAGGGGUUGGGUCACGUGA